AUGGCCUUACAAUAUGUACGACACGACCCGCACCACCUACGGGCAAUCGUGGAUAUGGGAAGCAAUGGCAUUCGAUUCUCCGUUUCCACUCUGCAGCCACCCACGACUCGCAUUAUGCCCACACUGUACCAGCAUCGCGUCGGCAUUUCACUAUACGAUGCUCAGUAUUCCGCUUCGAAUGAACGGCAGCCAAUUGACGAUAUCACCAUCAACGCUGUCGUGACGGCUUUCAAGCAGUUCCGACGGACGUGCAGGGACUUCGCCGUGCCAAAAGAAAACAUUACUGUCCUGGCUACAGAAGCAACUCGCACGGCCAUCAACUCCGAGGACUUCAGGAAGCAGAUCAAAGAUGCUGUGGGCUGGGAGGUGAAAAUGCUGGCCAAGGAAGACGAGGGUCGCAUAGGCGCUCUGGGGAUUGCGAGUUCCCUGCCCGACGUUGCUGGACUCGUCAUGGACCUGGGGGGCGGCAGUACGCAGCUGAGUUGGCUAAUCUGCGACGGCGCGGGCGGCGGCGUACAAAUGCCCGAUUCCGGCUCCGUGAGCAUGCCAUAUGGCGCUGCUGCCAUGUCGAGACGACUGGCAGAGGCGGAGAGGGAUGGGACGACAUCUACCUUGAAGAAGGAAGUUGAAAGUGCCGUGAAGAGCGCGUACGACAGCCUCAAAAUCCCAGAGCAGCUGAAGAAGCUCGCCGCUGCUCAGGGAGGCUUCACCCUCUACCUUUCCGGAGGGGGCUUUCGCGGCUGGGGGUACCUUUUGAUGAGCCGGCAUCGAGUUCAACCAUAUCCUGUCCCCGUCAUCAACGGCUUCAUGGCAUCCCGGCAUGAGUUCAUGGGCAUAGACGAGGUCAAGGCUGCCGCGGCCGCAACGCUCGCCAACGAAGACGAUGCGAUAUUUCGAGUGUCCGACCGACGAGCAAGCCAGGUUCCGGCUGUGGCGUUUCUUGUCAAUGUGCUUGCCGAUGUUCUACCUGAAAUCAAACAAGUGCGCUUCUGCCAGGGCGGCGUCCGCGAAGGAUUCUUGUUCAGCCUGAUGGAGUCAAGCAUGCAGGCCGACCACCCGUUGACAGUAGCGACUCGACCAUUCAGUCCAGAAGCACAUCAGGCGGCGAGCGCACUCCUUGCUAACGCCUUGCCAUCUGCAUCGAACACAAGUACUCAAGACCCCUACGAACAAACCUUCACACCACCGAUUCUGGAAGCACUCGCCAACAUGAUGUACUACCACUCCAGCCACUCGAAAGACCUCCAAGGCAGUGCAGCCCUGAGGUGUACCACCUCCGGCGUGCUCGCUGGCGUACAUGGUCUCCUGCACGAACAUCGCACUCUCCUUGCUCUUCUGCUAUGCGCACGGUGGGGCGGCGAUGUGCCCCCAACAGACGAAGUGUUCAAGCGGGGUCUGGAAUUCACAAUCUCCUCUCCCUGGCAGCUGUGGUGGAUCAAUUAUCUUGGAGCCGUGGCGGCGCUGAUAGGCGCUGUCUACCCGGCGGGAGUCCCGAAUGAAGGAGGCAGACCCAGGAUGACUCUGAAAGCUCGGUGGACCGGUGCGCCAGAACACGGCACCCAGCUCUCACUGAAUGUGACUUUCACAGACGACGUCGAGCUGGACAUGUUCGCCAAAGAAGUCAAGAAUAUUGAGAAGGUCGGCAAGAAGAAGCACUGGAUCGGGGGUAAAGGUGGGAUCGGGUACAGAGUGGAAGUAGAGACGUCUAGGCCGCCUCCUUGA